AUGAGCCAAAGUCAAGACAAAUCCGUCCUCGACGUCGAGAAGGCCCAGCCCGCUUCCUCGUCCGACACAGCCUCGGUAUUCUCGACGAGUUCGUUCGGCAGCGCCAAGGCCUUGCUCAAGAAGCACAUCCCGGGCAAGUCCAGCAAGCCCGAUAGCUCCAGCACCGGCACCGGCUCCACCAUUGCUAUGACUACUGUUCAUACCUCCGCGGACAAAUGGGGAAGACGAAGAUAG